AUGCGCGCCAAGCUUGCCAAUCCCGCUCGCUUCGUCGAAGAAGCACUCGAAGAGCUGUGCGAGGUGCCGCUGAUCCCGGCGGCGCGGCGGCGUGUGCGCGGGUGCAUUGGCGGACUGCAGGUCGACGUGGUCACGGUGGGCAUCGGCGAGGUGGACGCGUCUAUCGCGUGCACCGCAGCCUGCCUCGACGAGUCGGGCCGGCCUCCGCUGGCUGUGCUGAGCGUCGGCUGUUCUGGCGCCCACCGUGCAGACCUCCUUCCCGGCGACGUGGUGCUGGGCAGCGCGGUCGUGCCUCUCGCCUGCCGAAUGGUGCGCGCAAGCGGCGAAUCGGAGCACGUCGGCCACCGCCCGGGCGUCGCCGAGCCUCCGCUGCCGGAGCUCCCGGCCAGCCCGCUGCUGCUGCGCACGGCGAGAGCGGCGGCGGCGGAGGUUGCGCCAUCGCUCCCGGCGUGGCCCGAUGGCGGCGGUCGAGAGCCGAGGCCUGUGGCGGUGCACGUGGGCAAGGUUGGCUCGACCGACACGUGGACGCAGCACGUGCCCGAGAUCGAGCGGCUGCACGCGACGCUCGGCACGGUCUGCGAGGAGAUGGAGGCGUACGCGGUCGCACGCGUCGGGCAGACCUUCGGUGCGCCGCUGCUGCCGGCUCCGGAGCCGCAGCACGCAGAGACGGGCGCGGGCGAGCAGCCGAGCAGCGUCGAGGAGAUGGCGGAGCUGCUCGGCGAGGAGAUGCGGGCGGGCAGGCCGCCGCCCACCUCCGUCACGAUCCUGUUUGGCCGGCCCGGAGCGGGCAAGUCGACGGUCGCAGACGCCGUGCUCGCGGCCGCCGAUGGCGGGGACGUCUUUGGCGAGGAUCUGGACGUGUGCGUGCCGCUCUGGAUGCGAGACAACUUUGCGCGCGGCGUCUACCCGACGCUGCCUCAGCGGCGCGCCUUCGCCCAGGCGGCCGACGCGCUGGCGGCGGAGCGGGUGGCGCAGCGGGAGGGGCACUUCUACAAGGCGCCCGCGGCGGCUGCCAGCGGCUCCGAAUGGGCCUUUGCCCCCGUGGACUUUGAGCACACCCUUCUCGACGGCAGCCGUCCGGUUGACGAGAAUGCUGCGAGAGUGCUCAAGGAGCUCUCGCUGGCGAAACAUUCGUGGAUGUAA